GUCGGUUUAUUCACGCACAAAUUCUCACCUCUGUUCAUCAUUGACUAGAACAACGUGGAUCACGGGAAAAGCGAGAGACAACUAAAAAUAAAAAGGAAAUAGCAAACGUCAACUGUGGAACCGCGUCCUUCUCAGUGGCCACUUUUUCCUUCUUCCAUUACCUUCUGUUAUUUGUUUAUUCACUUCGCGCACGUAUAUCUAUUUCUAUCGCAGAUUGUCGACGGCGCGGUGGUGACGCCCCAAAAUUUGUUUGUUCUCUAUCUUGUACCGGUUUUUUUUGUUGGUUCUCUACGUGUGUGUAUGUUGCCUUCAACCGUUUCACCGUCCUUUAUUUAUUUAUUUUUCUCAAAAGCGUUGGCGUACGUCUCGACUGUCUCGCAGUGCUCAACUGUGGGCGAAGGAGAAAUACAAACAAACAAAUAGCAAAUAAAUUGUACGGUUCACCUGUGUUUUCUUCAUUGUGCACCGUUCUCGUGUGCUUAUCUCCUUUUUUUUUUACCUUUACAUCGGAGAGCUAGAGAACAUAUUUAUAUAAUAAUAAGUAGUGCUGGAAGAAGAGUGCAUCACACGCGCCAACGGCAGGAUAUAUUCUGCGGAACGCUUCUCAGCUGCACCGAACGUUCGCCAGCAAUUACAAACACAGCCUACAUAUAUAUAUAUAUAUAUAUUAAAUACCGUCUGCGUUGAAAAUACGAUUCGCUGCUCACGAUGGAGCCACGAAAACCGGUCGAGAAGGACCACCCGAAGCUCUCCCCAUCACCGGAGAUGCCCAGCGUGGAGCAGGCUCAGCUGCAGUCGCUGCGCAGCUCUCGCGCCACCAGUGAGGCGCGCUCCGAGCCAGGCCCCAUGUCACCCAGCGGCAACAACAAUAACCUCGGCAGCCCCACCUUUUCCGACGUGCAGAGGGCGUCGUACCGCAGCUCACGUGCCGGCAGCGAGGCACCGCAACGGGAGCCGAUGGCGGCCAGCCCCACCGGCGGGUCCCGGCGAGAGGCCUACGCCUCGUAUCGAAGCUCUCGUGCGGGGAGCGAAGCGCCGGACCGCCUCGCCGCCUCCGGGUACGACAUGGGAGAUGAACGGUCCGCGCGCAGCUCUCGCGCUGGCAGUGAGGCGCCCGACCGCGGCGGUGUUGGUGGCGGUGGUGGUGGCGGGGGCAAGGAAGGACCGACAAUUCCGUCACCGAAGCGAACGCCGCAGAAGACGAAGCCGAGCACGAUGUUCAUUUCAGCCUCGAGUGGGAAUCGCGCUGCACGGGGUGGUGCCGGUCUGAGUGGUGGUCUCUUCGGCGAGAGCUACGGCGGCGGUGUCAGGGCCCCUCAGUCGGUCCGCGAGCACAUUCAGAACGUGGAGCAGCGGCUCUACGGCACCGUCUCACGCGCUACCACGACUUUCCAGUUCUACCAGAAGCUGCACUACCCACUAGAGGACCCGAAUGCGGUGGAGGAGGUGGACGUGGAAGACAACGCCACCGAGCGAGGCGAGAAGGCCAUGAGUGAGUCCAUGCCGUCUGCGAUGAGUCUCCAGGGCAAAGAGCCGUCCCCGCAGCCGCGUCUGGGUAGCCAUUUAAACGCCGGCAACGAAACGGGAACUCCAUCUCCUGCGAUCCGCAUCGAGGGCGAGGGGGGCUCCUCCGACGGCCUCGGCGGUGGAGUGACCUCCUCCUCCCCCGCUUCCUUUGUCGGUUCUCGGUCGCCGCCGGGCAUAGUCCCGCCUGCGAUGGUGCCAAACAGCAGCAACAGUCUGACCGGCAGCAGCAGCAGCCCCAGCCCGACCUUUGACGAGGCCGCCUUCAACGCCGCCUACGAUGACUCGAAUUUCCUGAACUCGUCGGGCGAAAUGCUGGGCGAGUCGUCCCGCGCUACCACCCACGGUGCCGGCGGCAACGAGGAGAGCGCGCUGCAGUCGGUCAGUGUGGUGGCCAUGACAUCGCUGAUGGACCCGAUGAGCGGGGCGCCGGUGCUGGGCGUCUGCCUCGGGGACUACAGCGGCCAUAUUGAGUACUUCGAGGUCAGCACCGCAGACAGCUACAACGCCCCGAUACGGCGCAGUAAGUCGGUGAUGCAGAUGCGACCAACGUACGGUGCGUCGGAGGGGUCGGCGCUGCCGGGGGUGCAGCUCUUCAACACUCGCGGCUCGUGGCGGCGCAGCAGCGAUGACGGGACGGCGACGACGGCGAGCCCGCACCCCGGCGGCGACAGCAACAGUAUGGACUCCGCGGCGACGGAGAACAUUAUGCGCGACAUGCGCGGACGCGAGGUGCUGCGACGGCACUCGCACAAAGCCUUUGUGAAGUCCAUCAACGCCCUUACCUCGGUGGCGGUGGAGCCGUACGUGAAGUGUCUCACUUUUGUCCGUCCACGGUGCUCGCCGAGCAUGAUCAGCUACCUCACCGCCAACGAGCGCGUGAUUAAGCUGUUUCACGUGCGCCGCGAGGGCUUCAGUCCCUUCAACGCGUUUCCCGGUAUGGAGGAGGUGAUUGGCAAGACGUUUGCCGGGUCGCGCUACUUCGCUCGACUGCCACCGCAGCCGGCAAUCCUGCCCAUUAAAGAGUUCGGUCCCGUCACGAACAGCAUCCAGGCCCUCAGCGUGUCGGCGGACGGCGAGACCUUCAUGAGUGUAGAGGACCUGCAGGUGUUCUGGUGGCACUUUGAGACCGAGGACACCACCAAAGCCACCUGCAUUGCAGAUCUGCGACCGCCGUCUGGUGCGCUGGACGAGGUCGAGGAGCUGGUGACCGCCUCUUCCUUUCACCCCACGCACAGUUCUCUUUUUCUGCUGACGCGCAGCUCGGGCGUGCUGAACAUUGGCGAUCUGCGUGACCCACCUUCGCGGCAGAAGCGCAAGUACGCCAUCCGGUCCGAGCUGACACCGCAGCAGAACCCGCUGAGCUGUCCCGCGUACGACGAGAUCUUGUGCAGCAUCUCGGACGCGUCCUUCCUUGGACCCGAUCACGUGGUCACCCGCGACUACUUGAGUUUAAAGCUGUGGGAUUUGCGCAAGCCCGAUCAGCCGUGUGCGAUGAUGCCCGUGAUGAACUACGUCUCCAAGUACCUCGACUCCCUGUACGAGAACGACUCCAUCUUUGACCGCUUCCCGGUUGCCGUGGACGACGUCUCUGGAACGGUCGUGACGGGUCUGUACGACGGUGCGGUGGCGGUGUGGCAGCCCUUGUACACCUCGCUGCCGCUCUCGGACUCGCUCGUGCACUACCGCGCUGAUCCGUUUGCGGAGCCGGGCGACGUAGCCGCCGGCGGUGUGGUGACGGUGCCGGAGCUGGAGAAGACCUUGGCGGAGGCCUGGGCACAGACGUUGGCCGCUCCGCAUCAGACCCAUAUGCCACAGAGCACGAACGAGGACGAGGAUGGUGCGAUGGGGAUCGCGGAGGAGGCGAUCCCGGAGCCGUUUACCAACAAGGUGCUCACGAUUGCCAUCGCUCCAGGCGGUGAGAGGUUUGGCUACACGUACAAGAACGGUCGGUUGGUGUACGUGUUUGAGCGUAGAAGUGAGUUCUAA